AUGACUACUGUUCGUUCAAUUAUUCAAAAGCUUCAAGCUUACAAUGAAGAUGAUACAAUUGAAGACUUGUUAGAUAACUCAGAAUUUGUACAAGAGAUUGCAGAAUCGAUAAAGUUGUUGCCAAAGGCAAGAACUAUUAUAUCUAAAAUCAUAUUCAAUCAAAAACUACCAACAAAAAAAGAUACGAACCGAGUUUUGAAAUCAAUUCGAAAGAUCACGAACAUCGAGCUACCCGGUGAAGUUCUGGAAAGAUACAGAGAAUGCCAGAAAUAUCCGUUUAGAUUCUGGUCCUGGGCAGGAAUCCAACUCGAUCUUACAACAGAUGAAACCAAACCGAUUGAACUCUUUUUUCGUAAAAUGUAUUUGGGUAUCAAUCAGCUUGAAACCCAGCGUGUGUGGUAUACUAUCAUCUGGAGAUUCUUUGUGCUUUUCUUUUACGAUCUUGUAGUGAUUUUAGGCAGAAAAAUUCUCACGGAAUCAUUUGAAAACCAGCUUGUUGACAUGCUCUCCUCCACAACGUCAAUACAGGAUACGACAAUAAAAAUACGGGAGAAUCUCAGGCGCUGGGUUGCUGCUGGAUCUCACUAUUCCCAACUAUCGAAUUCGUUGGGUUAUGGAGCUCCAUUUUUACUGCCAUUGAGUGUAGCAAAUAGUACAUGGGAAAUAAAAUUGCCUCUUAAAGGUCCUAUUUACACGAGUAUUAUCGAACAUCUUGAAUCUAAGUCCUUCCGCGAGAAGUCGAUAAAUCUUGGUGCUGAUGCUCUUGGAGCGGAGAUUCGAGAAGCUAUACUCAAACCAUUUCGAUGGAAUCUCUCGACCUUCAAACAAAACACGCAUUCCAACAUCUCAAAGCCAUAUCAAGGUCCUACAGAUACUAGAGAAAGCAUAGGUCCGCGCGUGCCAGAACUCACAGGCCAACCAGAUGAAGUCUUUCACAAUAACGAAGAGGGCGGGAUUGAAGCAGAAUCGAGUACUUUUGGCAGCAACUGCAGUUCGAUAAAUACAUUGUUGAACCCAGCGGAGCCCACACAGAGCCAGCAGUUGUCGUCAGUCGAAAGUUCAUUCUUUGCAAUUGGUAGUGGAGCGGUACUCAGUGGUUAUGGACAGGAUUCUACCGCUGAUGAAUAUACUGAAUUUGGAAGCAACAAAGAGGAAAAGAGAGGUCUAGAGUCCCCAACUAAAACGGAUGAUCCGCUUAGUUAA